GCGGGCCGGGCUCCUCCUCCUCCUCCUCCUCCCGGUGCAGGUACUGGCGGCGGGUUUGGGUGACGCGGCCUUACCCCGGUGCAUCCGGGCCCAGCGGGAUCCCUGGAGCAUCACGGCGUCGCCGCACUCCUAAGCGGUUAAUUACUUAUUAAUGUAGGACAGAAGAAAACGAUGUCAUUCCGGAAAGUAAACAUUGCCAUCUGGGUCCUGGCCGUUGUUCUCUUCUUACUGGUUUUGCACCAUAACUUCCUCAGUCUGAGCAAUUUGCUAAGGAAUGAGGUUUCAGAUUCAGGAAUUCUGGGGCUUCAGCCUAUAGACUUUGCUCACCAACAAUCAGUAGAUGGAAGACAGGAAAUUCCAGUGGUCAUUGCGGCAUCUGAAGAUAGGCUCGGGGGAGCCAUCGCAGCCAUAAACAGUAUUCAACAUAACACUCGCUCCAACGUGAUUUUCUACAUCGUUACACUCAACAAUACAGCAGACCAUCUUCGGUCUUGGCUUAACAGUGAUUUCCUGAAAAGUAUCAGGUACAGAAUUAUAAAUUUUGACACCAAACUUUUGGAAGGGAAAGUGAAAGAGGAUCCUGACGUGGGGGAAUCCAUGAAACCAUUAACCUUUGCAAGGUUCUAUCUGCCCAUUCUGGUGCCCACUGCAAAGAAGGCCAUAUACGUGGAUGAUGAUAUAGUUGUACAAGGUGACAUUCUUGCCUUGUACAAUACACCCCUGAAACCAGGACAUGCUGCCGCAUUUUCAGAAGAUUGUGAUUCUACUUCUGCUAAGGUUGCCAUCCGCGGAGCAGGGAACCAGUACAAUUACAUCGGCUAUCUUGACUAUAAAAAAGAAAGAAUUCGUAAGCUUUCCAUGAAAGCCAGCACCUGCUCCUUUAAUCCAGGAGUUUUUGUUGCAAACUUGACUGAAUGGAAACGACAAAACAUAACCAGCCAGCUGGAAAAAUGGAUGAAACUCAAUGUAGAAGAAGGACUGUACAGCAGGACCCUGGCUGGAAGCAUCACCACCCCUCCUCUACUGAUCGUGUUUUACCAGCAGCACUCCACCAUUGACCCUCUGUGGAAUGUCCGCCAUCUUGGUUCCAGUGCUGGAAAACGAUACUCACCCCAGUUUGUUAAGGCUGCCAAGCUACUUCACUGGAAUGGACACUUUAAGCCAUGGGGAAGAACAGCUUCAUAUGCUGAUGUUUGGGAAAGAUGGUAUGUUCCAGACCCAACAGGCAAAUUUAGUUUAAUCCGAAGACAUAUGGAGAUCUCAAAGUAAACUACAGUUUCAACUAAAUACAUUACUCAGGAAAUCCUGGAAGACAGUAUGUGUGGGAAGUAACAGUUGCUUAGCUCCAUUCACUAUGGGUAGCAGUCUACAGAAAAAGAGGACCAGGAUUUGCCUGGCCUUCAGCUUCCCAGAUGCACUACAAAUGUCUCUACUGUUUUAGCUAAUGUGUGCUUACUCCAGUGUUGACUGACCUAAGGGAUGGUCUUCAAAGCUGAUGUCAUUAGGUCAGCUACAAACUGCUGCUUGGUUUUAGUUCUGUAACCUGUGGCCUGAUAUGUAAAUAAACACAUUUUUCAAGA